UUAAAUAUUAAGAAUUAAGAGUUCUUCCACUCUGCAACUUUGCUCGAUUUAUAUAUCUAUUAUAUUAUAUCUAUUUUCAUCCAUAUGGUUCAUCUUAUUUAAUGAAAUGAUUAAUUAAGAGCAAUUGUUGUAUUUUGCUUGUUUGUAAAUAUAGAUGUUGUACCACAAAGGCGUAAAGUGAAUUUGUAACUAUAGUUUGAUUAAAACUUGUGGUUGUGGCCAUAAGAUUCAUUUAAAUUCAUAAUUCCACUAUCAUUAUCAGGAACAGAAUAUCAGGUCUCAAGAAACAGUUGUUUAAAACAAUGGCAGAAACCUUGCUCAUAUUUAUGUGGAUCACAUCCAAUAAUUGAAGUCUUACAGCUAGCUGUCUAUUAUUGAUGAGGGAAUAUAAUUAGUCUUAAUCCCAGGACACUAUCCAUUCAUGUGCAAUUUAAUAAUCAUUAUCUUGACAUGUUAAAUCAAGGAAGAUCCAAAAAUGGCAGAAUACCCGGUAUUUAAGCAGUGGAUUUAACAAGAAAGGGGGCGUGGUUUCGCCAUGGGAAACAUCUUAGCAGGGAAAGAAGAAUGCCAAGGUGAUGAAGAUGGACGGGCAGACAAUCAAGCUAAGUGUUCCAGUGAAGGCAUUUGAGGUUGUUAAUCACUACCCAGAUCAUGGUUUGGCCAGGGAACCUCUACUUUCUUCUGCAACUGAAACUGCCCAAGAUGAUCGCACAGAAGAAAGGCUGGAGAGGCGCUUAUGUUGCUCCGGCCGGCAGCCGAUUUCCGGCCGACUGAGGACUAGGAGGCAGCCCCAGGAUGAGCCAAGAGGUGGUGCUGUGAGACUGACAGUGGGUCUGCCAAGAGGGGAGGUGGAGACAUUGAUGGAAGAAAGCAAAGAUAAUAGAGAAGUUGGAUAGAAGAUAGCUAGGCUUUGGCUU